UGAGGUGAGAAUUCUUGUUUUGGAUCCUGCCAACCGUUUUGUUUCCUUCAAUUCUAUCGGCCGCGAUCAGGUCAAGGUCGCUGCUUUUAGCAACCUCGUGUCAAUCAGCCAGCUACCCGCACGUCUUCCUGAUAAUAAUCUCGAAACGUACAUCAAAUCACUUCCCCUCUUCAUUUAAAUUCAAGGUCCAGCACAUAUUUACUCUCUAGCCGCUACACAGCAUCCCCAGAUUGUUUCUUACGUCUGCCACCAACUGAUGGCCAAGUUUGACGCCCGAGAUCAAUCCACUGCGAUGGACUCAUUCUGCAGCUUCGACGGCGUUGACUGGGUCUAUCAACAGAACCAGUCCCGUCCAAUGCGUACCAGACACUCAUCGUCCUCGGCACUUCUCGAUCGUCACACAGUUGCCACAAAAGCUCCGCCCAUUCCCAGACGCUCAUCCGAAGAUUCGGGUGGUGCUACUAAAGACAUCACUUCUCUCAAUCAGUUGUGGAAUACCCUUAGGCAACAGAAGCAGCGUCAGAUGGCCAAGGAGCCUCCAAAAGUCAACUCUUGAAGGCGCCAACGCCUACACAGUCACCUGCCCCAUCACGGACACCGGAUCCUGUAGGGGUGAAAAAGGUGAUGACACCUCAACCUCUCAAGAAGCGAAAGUCAAAGUAAGCU